UUGCGUGUUUCCUCAGGUGGAGGCGGACCUGCGCUUGAAGGAGCAAAUCAAAAUGGCGAACCAAGAGGAGUCUGUGAGGGAGUUCGUUGCUGUUACUGAUGUCGACGAGGAGAGGGCCCGCUUUUUCCUGGAGUCUGCCGGCUGGAAUCUGCAGCUUGCCCUGGCCAGUUUCUUUGAGGAUGGAGCUGAAGAUGACAUAGUGACGCUUCCUCAGCCUGAAGGCGGAUCCUCAGUGUCCCGGUCUGCAGGUCCAAGUUCUCAACACAGAGUGACCUCCUUCAGAGAUCUGAUGCAUGAGGCAGAGGAUGAGAGUGAUGAGGAAGAAGGCCAAAGGUUUUUCGCUGGGGGAUCGGAGCGCAGCGGGCAGCAGAUCGUUGGGCCUCCCAAGAAGAAGACCUCCAACGAGGUGGUGGAGGACCUGUUCAAGGGAGCCAAGGAACACGGGGCUGUGCCUCUGGACCGGAGCGGGAGGGGACCCGGGGAGCCCAGCAAAGCCAGGGCUUUUGUUGGAGGAGGCUACAGGCUGGGAGCGGCACCUGAGGAGGAGUCGACCUAUGUGGCUGGAGAGAGGCGAUCCUCCAGCGGCCAGCAAGAUGUGCAUGUGGUGCUGAAGCUUUGGAAGACAGGUUUUAGCCUGGAUGACGGUGACCUCAGAAAUUACAGUGACCCUGGAAAUGCCAUCUUCCUUGAGUCGAUCCGCAGGGGGGAGAUUCCUCUGGAGCUGAGGCAGCGUUCCCGAGGGGGCCAGGUGAACCUGGACAUGGAGGACCACCGGGACGAGGAGUUCAGCAAACCCAAGAUGGCCUUCAAAGCCUUUGGAGGCGAAGGACAAAAGCUAGGGAGUGCCACUCCAGAGCUGGUUUCGACUCCGGCUGGCUCCCAGCAAGAACAGGCUGCCAACGAGGCCCAGGCCAGUGCCUCCGUGACCCUCGACCCCUCCCAGCCCAUCACUAGUAUUCAGAUCCGACUGGCCGAUGGCGGCAGGCUGGUCCAGAAGUUCAACCACACCCACAGGGUGUCUGACGUGCGCCAGUUUGUGGUGGCAGCCCGGCCCGCCAUGGCUGCCCGAGAGUUCGCCCUCAUGACCACCUUCCCCAACAAGGAGCUGACGGACGAGAACCAGACGCUGCAGGAAGCCAACCUCCUCAACGCUGUCAUCGUCCAGCGGCUAAAGUGAGGGGAAAGUGAGAGCACCGGCCCCCUCCGCCCCCGCCCCCCCCGGUGGUGCGGCUGAGUAACUGCAGCCCUGUGAAACCCACCGCCCCUCCUGAGGGAGGAGAAACCAUAGACUUAUGUAUGGACUUCUAAUUUCUGAUUUUGUUUUUCUAAAGUGAAAAAUAGCAUUCUACCCGCCCUCAGCCUCCACCCUCACCCCCUGCUCUGCGGUCUGUGACGGGCGGUAACGGGGAGGGGGGGAGUUAUCUUGAAAAGGAACAAAGUUCACGGAAAAUGUGUUGGAAAGCCUGCAGAUGCUGUCUGGUGGUGGUUUUGAUUGGGAUGUGUUAACCUGUGACAGAAGUAGUCGGUUUAAUCCAAUAACGCAACAGUCCAGCUUUCCGAGGAUCAGUCCGGUUACUAAGCUUAUCCAGAGAUGUUCACUUAACCGCUUUUCGUUUCCCUGCGACGUGCCACCCGAUCUUCCUCUUCCAUUUGCCGUGAUUGGCCCCUUCAGCCAUUUUUCCUUUUCAGGCACUGAGGUCCCAGCACACCAGUUCAGUGGCAGAUUUCUCUUGUGGCUCUGUCUCGACAGCACAAACCAGAGCCAUGAAACAAGCAGAAGUCUUGUCAGGAUAUUAGUGGGUAUAUAAAUCUAAUCUUACCCCAGUUUUGUACUAGUUUUCAACUCUCUCCAACCCUCCAUCAUCCUUGGGAGAGACAUGUAAUUUACUUUAAAAAACAAAAACAAAAAAACAAACAAACAAACUGCUGCGUUGUUUCCUUUUUUUUCUUCUUUUUUUCUAAACUUAUACCGGUAGCCUUACGCUCCUUUAUUCACCUGCAGAAUCACAACUGUCCCUGUGUCCAAAUGAAGAUUUAAUUAUUUUUUUAAACUGACUUUUUUUUUUUCCUUUCUCUUUCUUUUACAGAACGAUAGGAUUGUCCCAUUAAGACAGUGGGGUUUUGAUAUUGUGUAACAUUAACAAUAGUUAGAAAUGGCUUUAUUAUCAAACAAAACAUGUGGAUUGUUAACACUGGGUUGUAGUUGUGGCAAGUAAAUUCCUAUGACACACUGACAUCUUCUAUGCAUCCUGGGGAAGACGGAUAUAUGUUUGGACCUCUGGAAAAAUAAAUCCAUUUUAUGUUUGGUGUAUAAAGUA